UUUCCCUCUCGCUUUUGACUUCUUUGCCUUUCUCCAUCAGAGAGCAAAGCAUCAGUGAACAAACGAUGCUGCCGGCGGUGAAGAAGAAGAAGUUCUUCCUCAGCUGCCCUCCUCCUCUUCUUCUUCUUCUUCUUCUUCUUCUUGUUUUGCUCUUCCAAUAUCCCAGCCUCACCGUCUCCCUGUGCCGCAACUUCUGCGGCAACAUGGCCGUGAAGUACCCCUUCGGCAUCGACGACGGCUGCGGCGCCGCACAGUUCCGCGGCAUGCUCAACUGCUCCACUGACCUCUUCUUCCAGACCCCCUCCGGCAACUACAAAGUCCAGUCCAUCGACUACAAGAAGCAAACCCUCUCCCUCUACGACCCCACCAUGUCCACCUGUUCCAUCCUCCAGCCCCGCCGCGACUUCGCCCUCUCCGCCGCCCAGUCCGCCCUUCUCCCCGUCUCCCCCGACACCGUCUUCGCCCUACUCAACUGCUCCCUCGACUCCCCCGUCCUCAACCACUACCGCUACCUCUGCCUCAACUUCUCCGGCCACUCCUGCGACGAGCUCUACGGCGGCUGCUCCUCCUUCCGCCUCUUCCACAUCCAGUCCAACGCCACUGCCCCGCCCUGCUGCUUCACCAGCUACGCCACCGUGAGGUACAUGAGCUUGAACAUUCUGGACUGCACCCACUACACGAGCGUCUACGGCGUCGAUAGCUUGAAGGGGGUGGCGCCGCUGGACUGGUUGUACGGCGUCAAGCUGUCUUACGCCGUUGCCGACACUGGGUGUGAUCUGUGCGCCAGAUCCGGCGGGACUUGCGGCUUCGAUGUUGACAGUGAAGCCACGCUCUGCAUUUGCUCUCCCACUCUCAACUCCACUCGCCAAUGUGGGCUUGGAAACAUUACAGCCACGGCAGAGAGGCGUGGAGUGUCACCUUCCGUGCUCCAAAUAUUAUUUGUUGUGGUCUUGGCCGUCACUCUACGGCGUUUGUUUUCGUGAGAUGUUAUGGCUUUUUUUGUUUGCACUUAAUUACAUUUUUGUCCUUUUUAUUUUUUUUUGAAAGGAUAUUACACUUUGCUUAUUAUCCUAGGAUUCCAGGUUCCAUGGCUAAUGAAGUUGAGUU